AAAUAGAUAAUAAAAAUAUCAUAUAAAAAAAAACAUUUGUUAGUAUGAAAAUCAAAAUUUUGAAAUAUAUUUUAACUCACAUGACUAUGUAUUUUAUAAUCAAACAAUGUGUUUGGUUAUAUAAUUCAUAAAUAAGAAUGCCUUUUAAAGAACAAAUGGAGCUAUUAUCAAACUAUUUAAGUGAAAAUAGGUACAAAGAGUCUAAACCUUUUUAAAUAUUUCCAUUCUAGUUUAAUUAAGAGAAAGGCUUGUAUGCAUCAUAUGUAAUUUUAAAUAUAAUGGAUAAAAGAAACUCUUACAUUGACCAUUUAGUGAGGACUCAAAUUGGAAUUGACGAUAAUAAUUACUUUGUGACUAAUUGUGUUUUACUUAACUUACUAGAUUGUGUUAAUUUAGGUACCUAUGAAUUUAACGAGAAUGAACUUGAAGAAACUAUUGACACAUUACUCGAAUUUAAAGACAAAAACCGAGGAAAUAUUCCUUCUGCUACUUUUUACAAAUAAAUAUUUGUAAAAGAAACAAACACAUGGUCGCAGUAUGGCACAAAUUUACUCAAGGUUUCUGACUUCACAAAAUUGUUUCCUGAUAUUCUAAGAAAAUUUUUGAAUUAUAUUGGAUUAAGUUUUAUAAAUCUGUUACAAAGGUUAUCUACGAUUCUCCACCUACCCACAGAUUCAGAUGAUGGCUCUUAAAAUUAAGUACUUGGCAUUUAAUUGAUGACCUCACCAAAAAUAAAACAAUCUAUUAAGGAUAAAUGGCUGUCUAAAAAUUACAAAUUCAAAGAGUAUUUCGAUCUCUUAAAAAGGUACUCAUAUUAUCCACUUGAUAAAUCUAACUCUUCUAGUAGUAUGAUUGACCCUAGGAGCUACUUUGCAUUUCAUGAAUAUUUAGAAAAACUACCCUAAAUGAACAUUACAUAAUUUGGGUUGUUUACUACUUGGCUACUUAACAUUGAAGAUUAAGUUGAAGGGGUUGUCUAAAUUCCAUUUAAUGUUAACUUAAUAGAUCUUACUGUUAUGAAUAACAUCAUUUUUUCACUAAAUUAACUGAUAAUUUAUGGCAACUAAACUAUGAUAGAUUAGGUUUUCGAUGAUACACUGACAAUGUUAUACCUUAAUUCAACUAGCUUCCUCGCUGCUCAAGCUUACUCUGGUGUUAUUGACAAGCAUAUAGAUAUAUCCAAUCCAUACUACCCUUCAAGGUAUAUAUUCUAUCUCUAAGCUUCAAAAAAUUUAUAUCUCUUAAAUUCUAACUUCGACAAACUCAAUGAAAAUGCGAAAGAAGUUGCAAAGAUUUAUAGUAAAAUGCUAAAAACAAAUGGCACUUAAUUCAUCUUAAAUACUGCUUAAGUAAGAUAUAACGGUGAUUUGUAUUGGGAGGACUUCCUUGGUAUCUAUGCUAACAAAUCAUACCAUGAGGACGCUACAUUUACUACUGUAUUAUCACUAAGUACUCUAAUCAAUACAUGGACUACAGCAAAAUUAGAUAAGAAGGGAAAUGUGAGACUAUACUUUGAUCCUAAAACUCCUAAAAAUGUUACAGAUACUAUUGAAAAAGGAAUGAAAACUGUUACUAAGUUUGGAUUCUUUUAAAAUAGCAAUUUGAAUCCCUUUUACAGCAUUACUUUAAAAACAUAUACUUCAUAAUUUUACUACCCUAUGAAUGUUCACAGAUAUUUAAACGGAACAUAAUUUAAUCCUCAUAUUGGAAAUCAAGAUUUAGUAAAUCAAAUAGUUGCUGUUGAUGGAAUCAUAGACUCAGAUGAAUAUGAUUAAUUACUAAAAUAAAAAUGGUUUUCGCAUAACACAUAAGAAGAUUUCACAGGAUUUAAUGUCCCAAGGCAAUAAUUUGCUUUAUGGAGCUCAGAUUCAAUAACUAUCAGUUUUGGUAUGAGUCUUUUGUCUAAGUAUCAUUGCAUAGAUCGUUCUUCACUUAACCAAUCUAAUUGAUUUAGUUAUUAUAAAUUUAUAUAAUUAGAAGUUUUAUAUUCUUACUUGUUGCACAUUAGCAUUAUAUCACUUAAAUCUGAUUAAAUCUUAAUAAAUAAAAAAAUAAAUGUUUUGCAAUUUCUUAUACAAUCAGAUUAAGUUACUUAAAUUAAAAUUAUUAAAUUUCGAAAAAUUAGAC